AUAGAUGAAGAGUGAAGAGAGAAAGAAGUUGAGGUAUACAAAGUUAUCUACACGUUGUGCCUGGAACCACAAUUCUCAUCCGCUCGGGAGAAACGGAGAAGGUGCGGUUGGUCUUGUCUCCGAGGCAACCGUCUGGCAUCCCCUCCACCCUCGCUAUCGUGAUGACAUAAUCGUCGGGAGUGAUGGCGGAGAGGAGGGGAGAGGGGGAGAGGAUGAUGGUCGCGGAUGUGCUGGUGAUGUUGGUGAUUGUCAGAGGUGGAGGAGACAGUCGGGCUGUUUGAGGACACAAGAAAAAACAAUCAAACUAAAAAGAAGCUAGUCCAUCGUACACUCGUCCGCCAGCUAUUGUAAAUUUAGACGCCGGCAGAUUCAAAUUGACCAAUCAGAUUUCGUAAAACGUGGAUUCUAAAUCCCGUAUUUUCCAAGUGCGUGUUACCACGGAGACGCCCGCCAGAAAAUGUGUCUUCGAUGGCAAUGUUUUAAGCCUUAAAAUCUGCUUACAAGUGAAAUGCUUAAAAACAUAACAUUUUUGUGUGUAUGGCCGAUUAAAUUUUCC